GUGAUGGGUCUGAAUAUCUGCUCAAUGCACCCUCACGCUUUAUGAUGAAGAAAUGGAUGAUGAAAAUACAAGCAAACACAGGUCAGAGUGAGUCUUCAACAUCAAGUGUCCUUGGCGAGCAAGGCCUCCCCAUUUCCUUAAAUCCCUCCCUCUGCUCCGGUUGUCACGGCCUCGCCAAAUGCCACUGUUCCUCCCGACAUGAUGUCACCUCCACGUUCCCCAGGCCCAAACCGCCGGGCGCCGCCCAAACCAAAGAGAUUGUUGUCCUCACCAGAGAGUUCAGUCAAAUGCCACAGAGUCACUUAAGGAGUUUGGAUGAGCAGUCGACCAUCUCAUCCUCACAUGGAGGCUGCUGUGAUGAUGACGAUGAUGAUGAAGGCAGUGUAACCAUGACUCACAGAUUGUCUGGAGCAUCCAGCGACAACACCCCUUCCUCCCCUCACUCCCCUGUAUUCAGUGGUCAGGACUGGCUCAGCAACAAGCGUCGCUCCCACUCCUUCACAUCUGCAACUUACCAGAAGAUCAAGCCCAUGUUGCAUACCCCUGGAGGCCUGGAAAGAGGCUCCAACUACUGUGUGACUCUGGUGGUUGGAGAUAAAUCAUCAGACAGUUCGUCCACAAGCAGAGGCUCUGAGCCUCCGCUGCUGGCCAUGGCUGGAUGGCAGCGCGACACGUAUCAGGACUCUGCUCUGAGGAGCUACGCCAGCCUGCCGCGGCCACGCAACAAGUCCGUCUUCAAGAAGUUCUUUGGGAAAAGGGACCUUUGAGUUUUUUAAAUGAUGAUUUUACUAAUAAAGUGUUUACCAAUAGAUUCCAAUGUGCAGUGCACAUAUUAUGCAAAGAAAUGCUACUACUGACUAUAUUUAUGAUUGGAAGAGCUAGUACGGUUUUAUUUUUGAUGUGUUUUAUAUAAAUCACUUAUGGGCUGAAAAGUCUCUUUAAAUAGGUCCUGUUUAUGGAUAUUUAUAUCGCUCUUCUUCACUUUUCUCGUUCAGUUGAAAGCAAUAACAAUACUGUGUGAGUGUGCACUGCGUAGUUGUAGAUUACUUAAUUGAACAACACAUUUUCCCGCCAGUCUUAUUUUGUAUUUCUUUUGUAUUUCUUUGGAUUGUGGUGUUAUCAGGUUAACAGGCUGUGUAAAGCUUCCUGCUCAACAGAGAAUCAUGUAGAUUUAGAGAAUAAUCCCGGUGUUAUCACAAUGACUAAAUUAAGACCAAGUAUUAACGAUAUACUGAAAUCACAACACUUACUGAACUAGAUCAUGACAGCUCUCCUCCUCCGCGUGUACAUGUGUGGCACACAUAAAAGCAGCAGUUUGACACUGCUUGAGCUCAUUUGAUAUUAACACAUUUUAAAUACUAAUUGUACCAAAGACUAUUCAUAAUAAAACAUUAAAAUCAAUGAUUUGCUGUGAAUUGAUGAAAAUAUUCAUUUCUCUUACACUCAAGCUUUUUUGUCACCGCUGGAGGCUUUGAAGAAGAAGGGAUUAGACGAACAGAGAGAUUAA